AUAUAAAUAUACAUAUAUAUAUAUAUGUGUAUAUAAGCCACAAAUAAGUUUAUAUUGUUGAUUCGCCUAUUGCAACUUUUGAUUGAAUUUAGUCUUUAAUGAUCGUUACUAAACGCAAAAUAAAUGAUUGGAAUGUUAGGUAUUGGUCAUAUAUCAUAUAUAAUUUAUAUAGUCAUCUUGGAAUGGUUGUUCGAAGUAUAUUUUUGUUUACUGUUUCCAUUAAUUUAUUUAUUAAAACUUAGCUCGCAGUAGUUCUCUUCUUGAAGUGAGACAGUAGUAUUACUGGUAUACACUAUACACUAUAUAUUUAUGAGUUGGAAAAAUUAGCCCAGAUUAUUGGAAAGGUGACAUGAUCUCUUAUCAGUGGUUAAUGACCACAUGACAUUUCACCGAAUACAAUAGUGUUCACAUCAAAUUAAAUGUUGAAAGCAUGAUAGUAAAUAAAACAUUUCAUUAUCAUAAAAAUCCACUUUAGACUUGAUAAUGUGCGUUUAUAAACAAAAAUAAGUCCAAACAAAAAAAGUUUUUUCUUAAAAACGGUUCAUUAAUUUAUCACAAACUAUAAAUGUUUUACAAUAUCAAGCAGUUGCAAAUUAGUAUUUUCAUAACAAUUUAUAAGAGACUUGAUUCCCUUUUGACUGCAUUUCUGUCUACAAAAUAAUGAAGAAUUAACAGAGUAUUCCUCCCAUCUAUGUAUAUGUAUUUAAAUAGUCAAUUUUUAAAAGAAUGAUGGACCAACAAAAAAUGUUGUUGGCCAACGUCUGAUUGAGAUGGACCAAAGGAGAGAUGAUGGCACAUGGUGAGGGGGUUGGAAGAAUGUGAAGAAUGGAUAGGGUGAUAUGGAGUUACGUAUAAUAAGGUAUAUUUUGAUUAUUUGAAAUGUAGAAUAAUGGUGUUUGUGUGUGUAUAGAGUAGAGUUGUUUUCAAUAACAUGGUCAUCUUUUGUUUGGUUAUAGCGAGCAAAUUAAUUUGAUGUGUGAUCGAAUGGACUCUAUAAAUAGUGGUUUUGUGGUCGUACACAUAUCAAUAUCCAUGUCCAUGUGAACGUCACAUUCAUCAUAGUUGUACAUGUGAUGAAGAUGACUAACUAUCAACUAUUUAUCUACUCUUCCGAGAAUAAGUGAAUCUCUUGGAUCAUAAUGCUUAAUCCGAAUAGAACUUUCAUUCAUAUGCUUUUUGAGAGUAUAUUUUUCAUCAUUUAAGUUAGAGCAUUUUCAAACAUUGCUAUUUCCACUUUUAUAAUAGCAUUUAGAGAUUAAAUUGCUCCAACCCACCUCUAUUUUUUUUUCUAUAAUAGAGAUCUCUAUUUAUUCAUCUAUCUAUAGAGGAAAAAAUAGCAUUUUUCUAUUUUUUGCUAUUUUUUAUUCUACAUUUAGAGAUUGCUAUUUUAAAGAAAUACAUUAGAACAUAUAUCACCUCUAUUAUAGAGUUCUUUUAUUUUAACUCUAUUUUAAAAGUGAAAAUAGCAAAAUACAUUGGAAAUGAUCUUAUAAAUGUGAUGAAAGAAUCGAAUAUGAAAUUUGGAGUUGGGAAAUCCUUUGGACUUUAAGACAUCUUGAGAGUGUUCAAGCCAAGCAUAAAUAAUUUCAAUAAAUUCAAAUAAAAAACAAAAUAAGUUUAAACUGCACUAAACUAUGUAGCAAGUUAAAUUUAGUUUGUCUAUGUAACUAAGCUAUGUACCAGUUAAAUUUAGUUAGUCUAUGUCACUAAAUUUAGUUUAGUUCAAACCAAAACCAUUUUUUGUAACAACCAAAACCAAAUUAAAACUCAAAUUUCAACAUAUAGGCUAAAGCAAUCAAGCGUUCAGAAUACUGGCAUGUUGUAGACUUGUAGAUAUAUAUACAAGAGCUGUUUGAAAAACUUUGGUUUAAGGAUAAAAAUAACGACCGAGUAAAGCUAUUCGGAUUGAACCGGUUAAAUAAGGAGGGGGCCACAAUAGAAACUAAUGAUUGUGGUGGGAGCAGAAGAGGCAGGCAAAUGUAGGCAUCACUUGUGACAGGUGAAAUAGGGAAGAAAAUUAUUCAUUAAUACUAUUUGUCUCUUUUUUUUUUCUUUUUUUUUUGCAGAUGAAUUUUUCAGUUUUCUUAUUAUUCAUUUCGCAAUAUCAAAUACUCUGAAUAGCUACUCGGUCACAUUGUUAUUGCCAUUUAUUAUCUCUUUGUCUAGUUUUCUGUUCGUCUCGAAAAACGUUUAUCCACAAAAUUCAAAUUUGAGCCGGUUUUUUUUGUACUUUGCAUUAUUAAUCAUGCCAGUUUCUCUUUUAACUAUACAUUAUGAUAGUUGCGAACCAUUUUUCAAAUGCACAAGAAAUUCCGAAUUUUCUGGAAAUCGAACUCUAUACUGGUGUAAAAACUUUUAAUAUUUGACCAUUAGACCACAGUGUUUUCACAUGUACUCUUUUUUUAACACAACGAUUUUUGUUCGCGUAUAUCAUCAUUUCAUUAUCAUAACAAUCAUCCACUUUAGACUUGAUAAUGUACGUUUAUAAACAAAAAAUAAGUCCAAACAAAAAAGGUUAGCCCACAAGGCCAAUAAGUAAAAGAUCAAUAGCCACAUAGAGGUGUGUUGUAGAUUAGAAUUUGAGUAUCGAUGAUUUCGAUAGCAUGACUAGGGAACCCAAUGGGUCAAUGAGCUAGUAGUUUUGUGAGAUUAGACGUUGGCUAUUAGUGACUUUGUAACUUUAUUUCUCUGUAUUUGUGAAACUAAUCGAAACGUUGAACCAAUGGACAAUAGUUUUCUGAAGGGCCCAUGAAAAUACAAACAUUUUGUUGUAUGAGAACACUCUAAAUUUUUGAACAAAAAAAAAAAAAAAAAAAAAAAGAACACUCUAAAUUUUGUCCAAAAAAAAGAGAACACUCUAAACAAAAGAUUAAGUUUCUGUUUAAAAUUGUAAAUGUAAAACAUACUCCCUCCGUUUUUUUAAUAUAAGUCGUUUUAGAAUUGUACACAUAGAUUAAAAAAUCAUUAAUUUUUUAUAUUUUCUAAAUAAAAACAUCAUUAAUUAUUUACCUAACCACAAAUCAAUCAGUAAUAAAAUAGAAAGUAUAUUAUCUUUGGUCAUAUAACAUUAAGUAUUAAUAAAUUUUACAUAGAAAACCGAAAACUUCAUAUAAUUUGGAAUAUAAAAAUUCUUCUAUAACGAAUUAUAUAAAAAAAAUGAGGGAGUAUCUAACAGAUCACAUAGAAAGUCAUGUAUUUGAUACAUCGAGAUAAAUAAAUUCAAUUUUGUAACAGCUGUAUUUUGUAUCAAUAUUUAUAUAUGAGGGGGUCCAUAAUAAAAUCACUAAAUUCAAGAUAUCGGAUGCUUCAUAAAACAGAAACUAAUCACCCUCUAUUAAGUCUACUAAUCAAUGAUUAGUUAAUCAAACUUGUAUUACAAAGACGAAACUAGUAAUUGAUGCGUUGAACCGUACAGUGUUUUCAGUUACGUACAUAAUCUUUGAUUAGUCCAAGGCAAAGAUACGGUCUAGUGAUACUUAAAUCAUGUUCAAAUUCAAUGUUACAUGUAAUCAAUAGUGUAGCAAAAUAUCCAUAAGAAAAUUAAUCACAUCAAUAUUAGUCAGGAGACAAGAUAAACAAAGUUGUCUGGAUUAUGCCAGACAGUUAGCAUGCAGUCAUGCGUAGUCGCGUAGGUCGCUCCACAUCCUCGUUUGCUACUCCUUUUCUUUUUUCUUUUCGAAAUUUUAAUUUGUCUAAUACCUACGUGUAUUUGGAAAAUGUUUAUAACAAGUGGAUUUGACAAAAAUAAAAUAAAGUUAUUUCAGUGGACAGGAAAACUGAGGGAACAUGAACUUUGGAGAAAGCACAAUUUCAAGACUCGUCUCUGAAAAUGUUCUAAAAAGACUUGUCUGUUCAUAUACUUUUUGCUUCAAAUAACAUUGCAUUUUUUUGUAACAUAAAACAUAUCAUUAUCGACAAUUCAUUGUAACUUACUAGGAUUAAUAUGUUUGUUGAGUUAAUUAGUUUCUUCGGAAAAUUCAAAUGCUCUUGAUUAUUGAUACUUCUUGCACGUUGUAUUUUUUUAUACUUCUUACUUCUUAGGGUAUUUGAACGUAGAUUUUGAUUUCUCAACAAAAAAUGACCACAUAAUUUUCAUUUGUACAUUAAAAGAAAAAUAUAACUGCGAAUUCGUACAGAUAAAAUAAAAUCUAAUUAAAAAUUGUUUCAUCCGUAAAUCAUAAUUUUUAAUCUUGACUACUGAUUCAACAGUUCCCCGUAUUUUAUGAUUUUGUAUUUUGAAAUGUGAUUAAUUAAGCAAAGAGAUAUGUCUACUACAUUAAACAUGUUAAGUUGUAUGGUUAAUUUAGUGGAGACUUUGAAGCAAGGCCAGGUUCAAGUUAUGUUUGAUUGCAUUUGCAUGGUGGAACACGAGAAAAGACAUGUGGGAUUGUGUUUUACAUCCUCUUAGUGUGAUAAUUGAUAAUUGUAUUAGUUUUGUUCGAUUGUCGAAACUUAGAAAGUAAUAUUCCAAUUUCUUGGGUGUGAUGAAGUCAUUAAUAUGCAUUUUAUCGGUUUUUAUCAUAAGUGUGUAAUAUUUUAAACAUAUACUGUAUUGUAUUAACUGAAAAUUUAACCAUGCAUGCAUGAAUCCACAAGUUCUCUACAUAUACACACCCUCCACAAGUGUAUUCUCCUUCAAAUCACUUCUGCUUAUUAGCUUACCCUAAAAAAAGACAGAAACAAAGUUUCAGUUCUGCUACUUCUGUUCAACAGAUAAGUUAUUUGGAAGCCUAAAAAUGGAAACGAAGAGGGAGAUGAUGAGCCCAGAGAGAUCAAAGCAGAAGAAGAGAUCAAUAAGUAGAAGAUGGGGAAAGUAUAUGAAAGAACAAAAGGGAAGGAUUUACAUCAUCAGAAGGUGUGUGGUCAUGCUCCUUUGUUCGCAUGACUGAACCAUUAAAAAAGUGUAUAAACAAUGGCCAAGUUCAAAUGUAUGUAUGCAUGUUACAUGCGUGUGUAUGUGUGUUUAUGUGUGCAUGUGGGUAACUAGUUAAGUGAGGGAAGAUCGUGUUAGAGUAGGGUAAAAACCGGUCUGCUUGGUUUAAUUUUGUGAGUUCUACCGAAUUGUAUAUAGUGUGUGACCUCAAUCCAUCGUUGGUUGUUCUUAAACUAAUAUUUUACAUUGUGCAAUAAUUUCAUACUUUUUCAUAAUUUAAGAAUUAUAUCGUAUGAAUAAGUUGUGAUAGUUCAUCAGAUUGAUUUAUCAAGAGAUACAGAAUAACAAUGUUUUGGACUCGAGUUUCAUUGACCUUUAGUUAUAUAACUACAAAUACGCACAACACAAAUUUUCAAUCCCAUAGUUAGUCAAAAAUAAUGACCACUACUUCAGAUAAGUGCUUCUUCUACUACUUGCAAAGUUGCAAUACCGCAUGAUUCUUCAUCAUCAUUGGAAGAACUCUCUGAAUGAGCAAGCCUUUCGCUUGCGCUUUAAGUCAUCUGCAACACCAUCAUCGUAUUGUUUGUCCCUAUACCUCUCUUGUGAGGAGGUCUCAAAGCCUGGUGUUUGAAAAAUCGUGAUACUCUCGUCAUCCCUAUUUCUGAAAGAAAAGCAAAUAGAACCUCUCUCCGUACAAGGGAAGAACAUAAUCUUUUAUAUCUUUUUAAAUUUUAAUAACGUUUAUAAAUUUCACGAUAUUUACUACUUCCUUUUUUUUCUUGGAUAACAAAAUCUAAAUAGUGGAAUGAAAGGUAGAUAUUGCGAGUUUUUAACACAAAUUUAUUUAACGACAAAAAAAGACACAGAUUUAUUAAUUUUAAAAUUAUAUAAAAAACUAAAACUUGUCAAAGAAACAACUUUAAGUUUACAAUGAGAGUCCUAUACGAAACUUCUAUUAAUGCCAUAAAUCACAAUGUAUUACUAUGUUAUUUCCCCACUAAUGUAACAAACCAGUCGAGAGAAAUAAACAAAUAUCUGGUAGUAGAAUAAUCUCUAGAAAACAAAGGGAAUGAGAGCCUUGAUAUGCUUAGGGAAGUCAUCAAACUUA